ACAUAUGUAUGUUAGUGUUUGGCCGAGCUACUUCUCCGAUUUGUGGCGUGCGCCUUGACGUUGUCACAUAGAGGGGAGGGAACUACAGUUUUACGCCGACUCCAAACCGCGAUCGUUUUUUAUGAGAAGCACAGUGCGCACUGCUUACCACUACACCAAACCGGCUGAUAGUUUUCAGAUUUUCCUAGUGGAUAUGUAUACAUAAUACAUCUUUCAAUAAAUACCUACAUAUGUCUGAACGGGAAGAUACGCUUCCCAUUUUUUCGGCAUAUCUACAAAUUUUCUCUCACAAACUGCUCGUACCAACAACACUGCUUAGUUGCGUUAGUCGCCAUUCACUGCGUUUCGGCUUCGAAAAUAUCGCAAUGCCCGCAGUAUUGUAUUGAACUUUGUCGACGAUGGAAGAUUUUAUAGCCGAAGUACACAAAAGAGAAUUUUUGUGGGAUAAAAAGAAGAUACCAUUGGGCCUGAAACAAAUAACUACAGAAAAACUAUGGCAAGAAGUUGCGGACGCGUGUAGUAUUUCAAAGACAGUGGCUAAAACAAGAUGGCGAAGUUUACGUGAUCAAUUUCUCAAAGAAGUCAAGAGGGUUCCGGUAUACAGCUCCGGGGAAUCCUAUUACAUCAAGGAAAAGGAGAAACCAAAAUGGACUCAUUUCAAUAACUUAAUCUUCUUAUUGGGAACGCACAGGCCAAGAGAGAAGGUUAUCGAUAUUAAGCCAGAUUCCAUAAUUGAUAUUCGCUCAUCCGAAUCUAGUAAUUCGUGGGAUGAAACCAAAAUUGUGGCUGAGCCUUUUUCACCUCUCCUUCCAACGCCACAGUCUCAACAUUUACCCCCAUCUACGAGUACAGCAAAUAUCUUUACAAGCAUAAGAAAGGUGUACAAACUGGAGGAAGAUCUUGAUCCGAAUUUGUGUGAUGUAAUAUGGAAAGACGAGACUGACGCAUUUGCCUUCGAUGAAAGUAAAAAUCAAAUCGAUGAUGGUGUGCCGCCUUUAGUAAUGAUAAGGCCUCAACCCGCGAAUCCAACCUAUAAUGCCGGCAAAAGAGCUUAUCCUCAAGAACUCGAUAAUAAAGCGGAUGUGUCCAACUUGGACUACAAAUGCCCCGCUAAAAGACAAGCACUAGAACUAGAAAAUCCUACUGAGUCCAAAUAUUGCACUGAGGACAAUGAGAAUUUACUAUUUUUUCGGUCAAUUUUGCCUUACAUGAAUAAGAUGGAUCCUAUGCAGCAAUUACGAGUGCGCAUGCGGUUUCAGGAAGCAAUGCUUGAAGAACUGUACGGAAAACGAGAUUAAAACUUAAGGCUACUACGCACAAUAAAUGUUCUGCGAAUGAACUAUACUGCACUUACUUUGGCAAAUAAUA